AUGUCAGCGUGCGGCGAUUUUGCAGAACACGUGUGGAAACCCGGCUCCUGCAAGAACUGCUUCCACCAGCUUAGCGCUCACACGACCUCCAGCCGCCCGGGCGGAGCUGUGCCCGUCGCCACCUGUUUAAAGAGCGGAGGAGAUGACGACGACGCUGUGACUGUGCCCUCUCCCUACAGCAAGCCCACCAUUGCCGUCAAGCCCACCAUGAUGAGCCUGGAUACGGGCAACGCGAUGGCCGACGUCAACAUGAACAUUGAGACGAACACAAAGAGCCCAGUGGAACGUUUGGGCCUGAAGAAGAUCUUGGAUCUUUCUUCACUAUACAUUGACGGUGAUAACUGCAAUAAAAGCCUAAGAGACUCCACUCUUCAAAGUCUGGACACCAAGACUGACUUUUAUUUUUCUUCAUUAUCCAAAGAGACUAUGCUCAUUAGCAAUAUGCUGGUCACGCAAGAUCAAGGUACAGGUCUGCAUAACAGCAAUGGAGACACCUGUAGGCAGCAGAAUAGUACCACUUCCCCCAGAACAAAAAGCACUUAUAAUCCCAGUGCUACCGGGAAGAGAGCUAAUUUUUCUCCUCAGAAAACUGUGGACAAUCCUUUCCCUGUGAAUGUUGGUCCAGCCAGUCCUGCCAAAGCGUAUAGCAAUGGCAUCAGCUGUGGGAGCACCACUGUGCUAACCACAAAAGCAUCCAUGACAUCCAGCACUUCCGCCAGUUCCUUAACCUCAUCUUUAUCUGUGGGCGCUCUAAAUAACAGUCAGCCAUCCAUCUACUCGCCUCCUGUCUUGUCCAAACUAAACAGCCCAUUAGAUGACGACUCCUCCCUCGGUAGCAGCACAGAUUCUCUCCCGGUGACAGAGGGUUCUGUUGGCAGCCCCCAAAGUCCACUAGCGACAGGCAACUCUGUGCCCGGUUCUCCCAGCGCACCGGAGUCUGAGCCCAUUUACGCGGAGAGCACCAAGAAAAAGCGCAGGCCGCUGGGAAACGGAGCUCAAUGCCAUCUGGGUGCCUCAGACCGGACUAACAACUCUGAACACUUAGAAGGACAGCGGACCACCAUCACUGUGAUAGCUGCGCACAUGGAGGAGAACAACAGGACAUUCUACCUGAGCAGCCCCGAUUCGGCCGUCAGCACCCACUGCCAAUUCAGCCCCACGGCGCGCAAGGACACCAGCGGCACCGCGUUCCGCUGGCCCAGCCCCAGCCGCAGUGCUCCCUCCUUGGUAGCCGAAUCCAGCCAUGGUCCCGCUUUACACCCCAAGCCUCAAUCUAGCCCGCCCAUUCCACCAAAAAGGACCACCCGGUCCCCCAAACUGGGCACGUCCAGCCUUUCACCGUCCGUCUCUUCACCGGUUCCACUUCCAGACCUCCCCAGACUGGGCAGCUCAUGCCUCUCGCCAUCAUUAUCUUCUCCUGUUCCUCUCCCUGAACUCUCCAUGCUCUUCCUGGUCUCUGCCAAAGAGGGACACUUUAAAGUCCAGCCAGAAAACCACAACCCGGCUGCGUUCGAGCGCUGGAACAAGAACCACCACCACGGCUCUGCCUGGAAUUGCCGGAUUGAUGAGGAAGAGGAGGAGGAAGAGAGAGAGCGGAAAGAGUCUGAAAAGAAGACACUGACUACUAAUCCCCAGACAACAUCUCGUGUGACAGGCCCAGUCAAUAGCGCUGCUGUUUGGAAGGAGUCCAGAGUCCGCAACAAGGCUUUGACCAGCCCCCCUCCGACGAAGGAGCCAGGCACGACCCCCCCGCUCGUGCCCGACAAUGGUGCUUGUCAGACGGACGGCGAGGCCGCCGCCGCAGAGGAAGACGCCAAACAGAGCAGGAGCAUGCCGGCCAAGCAACACGAGAGCUCAAUGGAGCCUCUGGCAGUGGGGAAGCAGGUAUCAGCUAGACAAGAGUCCAAUCCACCACCUCCUCCACCUCCUCCCAAGAAACAGCACAGAGCGUCUGGUCAUUUGAGCAGCAGCAACAUGGAGCUGAACCGCUGCGUCCAGAUAGGAUCGCAUGAGAGUCCCGUCACAUCCCUUCGAGACCUUGGCAACGCCGGCCUCCCAACUGCCUCCACUGACAGUCUGACCACCGAUCUAGGUUCCCGGGAUGGACUGUGGUUAUCCUGCUCUUCUCCGUUCCAGAAAAGUCCAGUGCCAUCAACGCCAUGUUCUCCACGCCCUCCAACUUUUAGCAUCUCGGCCAAUCAGCCGCCUCCACUGCCGGAGAAGAAAAUGGUCAACCGCACCGUGUCAGCCCCAGACAGCGCCACGACCAAGGCUUUUGUCCGGGCCUACCCUCGCCUCCCGUUUACCGGGUCGGAAACCAAUGUGUGCAGACCCAAUGAUUCCAGCUGCCGGGCCAGUUUACCGUCCAGUCCGGUAGACUCGAGACCUGUUUUCUCCUCCAAUGAGUCACUGGAAAAUUGUCACGCUCCCCUCGGCCGACCCUCCAGAACCCGGACUUCGGACGAGCCUUUUAAGAAUCACGGCCGUUUAGGUGUCCAUUGCCGAAGCAGCAUCACUUGCUCCUCCUCCCCUCAGCUUAGCGCCCCAUUUUCGGCAUCCGAAGCCGGGCCGGCGCCCAACCUGGGCUCCGGUUUGCAGCUGCAGACCCUCUUGAGUAAUAUCGACAGUCGGGAGGGCGUCUACUCCAAACUGGGCGGCUUGUACGCAGAGUCCCUGCGCCGGUUGGCUCUUAAAUGCGAGGAGCACUUCACGAGCUCGCAGAGAAAUCGUCUUAGGUUUGAAGAGAGCAACUGGUCACUGUUCAGACUUACGUCCAACAAACCCAGCUGUGAUGCGGGAGAUGCCGUCUACUAUUCGGCCGCCUGUGCCUCUGAUCCCAGCAACUCCUAUGCUGUUAAGAUAUGCAAGAGUCCAUCUCCAGAGGCCAAGCAGGGCCACCUGUACGGCCUGUCGGUGCAGCAGAGCAUGCCCCCGCACUUUAACCUCCAACAGGACUGCGGCCACUUCCUGGCGUGCGUCCCCCAGAGCAUGUUGCCCUCGGACCUGGCUCCGUCACCCACGUCCUCGCCCCGGACCCGCCGCAGGCAGGCGGAACGCGAGCGUGUGGUGGUCAUCGCGCCAGAGAUCCCGCGGCAAACGGCGGCCGACUUCGUCCGCGAGUUCGAGGCCUUCCACAAAAGCCAGCCGGAGGUCUACGAGCGCCGCGUCUGCUUCCUGCUGCUGCAGCUGUGCCACGGCUUGGAACACUUGAAGGAGCACGGGGUGACGCACCGCCACCUGUGCCUGGAGAAUCUCCUGCUGGUUCCCCACCCGCCGACCCCUUCGCCCCAACAAAGCGAGACGAGCGGCGUGUUUAGUCAGCGCCAACUUCCUCGACUCCUCAUUAGCAACUUCGCAAAGGCAAAGCGCCGCUCGGCCGAGGACGCCGCGUCAUCUGGGGCGGACCCUCGCGUCAAACGGGACCACGCUCGCUUGGCGCCAGAGAUCGUGUCCGCUGCCCAGUACCGCAAAUUCGACGAAUUCCAGACGGGCAUUCUUAUCUACGAGCUCCUCCACCAGCCAAAUCCCUUUGAGGUGAGUCCGGCCCUGAAGGAGCAAGACUACCGCUGCGAGGACUUGCCGUCCAUACCGGCCGUGUCACUGUACUCAGCCGGCCUGCAGAGGCUAGCCCGCCUCCUGCUUCAACCGGACCCUAUCAAGCGCAUCCACAUCCAGGACGCCAAGCGCAUCCUGCAGAGCCUCCUGUGGGGGCCCCGGAAGGACCUGAUGGAUCAGCGGUGGGAUCGUAACGGGCCGGGCGGCAGGGAGCACUCAGGGGCAGAAGGCGCCCGGCGUGAGGGCCUCCUCAACUGGCUGGACGUGAAACGGGCGCUGCUCAUGAUGAAGUUCGCCGAGCGCUCGCUGGAACCCGAGCGCGAUGCCGAGUUGGAGGACUGGUUGUGCUGCCGUUACUUCUCCUCGGCCCAUCCGCUGGCGCUGUGUCACACCGCAGAGUUGCUCUACUCGCUCAACUGA